GGAAACUAUAGAGAGAAAUAAAAAGGAGCUGGAUUCACAUGGCCUUUGUUCUCUCUCUCUCCACCAUGAUCAUUACCAACAAAACUGAUUGAAACCCACCUGCUCUACUCUCUCUAUCACUCUUCUCUGCCUCUAACGCCAUGGCUGACGAUAAGGAGAUGCCAGCUGCUGUAGUUGCUGGGCAUGAUCAAGUCACUGGUCACAUAAUCUCCACCACAAUCGGAGGAAAAAACGGAGAACCUAAACAGACAAUAAGUUACAUGGCGGAGCGAGUCGUCGGCACAGGUUCCUUCGGGAUAGUGUUCCAAGCAAAGUGUUUGGAGACAGGAGAAACCGUAGCGAUAAAGAAAGUUCUGCAAGACAGGAGAUACAAGAACCGAGAGCUUCAGCUGAUGCGCGUGAUGGACCAUCCGAACGUGGUUCGUUUGAAGCAUUGCUUCUUCUCGACCACGAGUAAAGACGAGCUUUUCCUUAACUUGGUUAUGGAGUAUGUCCCCGAGAGCUUGUACCGUGUUCUCAAACAUUACAGCACCGCGAACCAGAGAAUGCCUCUUGUCUACGUUAAACUCUACAUGUACCAGAUCUUUAGGGGACUUGCUUACGUUCACAAUGUUGCUGGUGUUUGCCAUAGAGAUCUAAAGCCUCAAAAUCUUCUGGUUGAUCCUCUAACUCAUCAAGUCAAGAUCUGUGACUUUGGCAGUGCGAAACAGCUUGUUAAAGGUGAAGCCAACAUUUCUUACAUAUGUUCAAGAUUCUACCGAGCACCUGAACUCAUAUUUGGUGCCACUGAGUACACAACUUCAAUUGAUAUCUGGUCUGCUGGUUGUGUCCUCGCUGAGCUUCUUCUUGGUCAGCCAUUAUUACCUGGAGAGAAUGCUGUUGAUCAGCUAGUUGAAAUCAUCAAAGUUCUUGGUACACCAACUCGAGAAGAGAUCCGUUGUAUGAAUCCACACUACACAGACUUUAGGUUCCCGCAGAUAAAAGCACAUCCUUGGUACAAGAUUUUCCACAAAAGAAUGCCUCCAGAAGCUAUUGAUUUUGCGUCAAGGCUGCUUCAGUACUCUCCUAGUCUUAGAUGCACAGCGCUGGAAGCUUGUGCACAUCCUUUCUUUGAUGAACUGAGAGAACCAAAUGCUCGUUUACCAAACGGACGGCCUUUCCCGCCUCUCUUCAACUUCAAACAGGAGGUAGCUGGAGCAUCACCUGAGCUGGUGAACAAGUUGAUUCCAGACCAUAUCAAGAGACAAUUGGGUCUAAGUUUCUUGAAUCAGUCUGGAACUUAAAAGGAACAAUAGACAAGAAGUUUUUUUUUAUAUAAAGGUAGUUGAAGGCAAAGUGGAGGACACAGUUCGAAGUUUUGAUGGUGAAAGAAAGCUUGUACACAGCCUGACUUCCCCAAAUCUGCAAGAAAAGCCAUUCGCAGUUUAUCUUAUUCUUUCUCCUUUUGCUUCAUUCUUUCUGCAUCUGUAAAUCUCUUAGAGCAACAUUAUCCAUAGCACCCCAUUUGGGGUGCUUAAUCACUUUUUUAUUAUUAAAUAUGUGUUAAGCAUUU